AUGGGCUCGCAUCUGCCGCCGCACCCCGAGCCCCAGCUGGUGCUGCAGCUGUCGGCCGGGGGUCUGCAGGCGCAGAACUUGGAGGCGCCGGGCGGCGGCCUGGGGCCCGAGUGGCAGGUGCUGCUCGGGCGGGCGGACGCGCUGGCCUUUGGCGGGCGGCUGCACGAGGCGCUGCCGCUGUACCAGCUGGUGUCCCGCCAGCAGCAGCUGCGCGCCGAGCAGCUGGAGAAGCUGGUGGAGUGCCUGGCGCAGAGCAUCCGGAUCAAAGAGGGGGUGCACCCCGCGGCACCCCGCGAGUGGGACGUCUUCAGGUGUCGUAAAUGCCAGGGCUUUCUAUUCGAGCCCGUUUCCUUGCCUUGCGGACAUACGUUCUGCAAAAAGUGCCUGGAAAGGGACCGGGCGCCCGAGUCCCGCUGCGUCCUGUGCAAGGAGGCGGGCGGUGCGGCGGCCAGGCAGCUCCUGCGGAUCAAUGUCAUCCUCAGCAACCUGCUGACCAAGUGGUUCCCCUGCCAAGCGAAGGCUUCGCAGCUCCGGCAUGAAGGAAAUCUCCUCUACAAAGAGAAGAAACUCCAAGCCGCCCUGCAGAAGUACAACGAAGCGGUCAGCCUAGCUCCAAAUGAUCACUUACUGUAUAGCAACCGGUCCCAGAUUAAUUCUACUUUGAAAGCUUGUGAAGAUGCGUUGCACGAUGCAGAAACAGCGUGCAGGCUCCAGCCAUACUGGUUGAAAGGUCACCUAAGGAAAGCACAAGCAUUAGCUAAUUUGGGGAAAACAGAAGAAGCUUUAAGGGAGUUUCUAUUCUGCCUUGCUUUAGAUACUGGGAACAAGAUGGCUAAGUCUGAGGCACAAAAGCUUCUACUUAGUUUGUUUUCACUCAUCCCGGGAAAUGCUCAGGAACACUUACCCGAUAUCCUGCAGCUGUUGUCAUAUCACUCUAGAUUAAAGGGGAAUCUCCUAAAUUCAGUGGGAUCUGGAGUCACCAGCCAUAACCUACAAAGGUUGCUCAAGGUCAAUGUGGAACAGAAAAAGGGGUUUUCCAUUCAAGAGGAACCAAAUGUAACUACUUCUGGUAGUUUGAGGAAAUCUAUACAAAUUACAGAGAGCAAAAAGGACUGCUCAGAGGAGGAGAAAAAAUUCACCUCCAUGCCAGAGUCUACUUUUCUCACCUCUGAGAAAUGCAGCCUCCUGAAAAGGAAGUGCUACUCAGAGGAGAUGCAAAAUGCUGAGGUGCCCUGCAAACUGAUGAAGAAAGACAUAGUUGAUACUAGGGAAAAUAGGACUGGACAACACAUUCCAUUUGAAGUUGUGGAUCCAUCAGAUUUGGACUGCUCCCUGUGUAUGAGGCUCUUCUAUGAACCUGUCACUACACCUUGUGGACACACCUUCUGUCUCAAAUGUCUGGAGAGAUGCCUGGAUCACAACCCAAAAUGUCCCCUGUGCAAGGAAGGGCUCUCAGAGUGCUUGGCUAUGAGGAAAUACUGUAAAACAGUGCUAAUGGAGGAACUAAUAGCCAGAUAUCUUCCAGAAGAACUCACUGAAAGGAGAAAGAUUUAUGAAGAGGAAAUAGCAGAGCUUUCCAACCUAAAUAAGAACGUUCCCAUAUUUGUGUGCACAAUGGCUUAUCCUACAGUCCCAUGUCCUUUGCACAUCUUUGAGCCUUGUUAUCGGCUGAUGAUCCGGAGGUGCAUGGAGACUGGCACCAAACAGUUUGGGAUGUGUAUCAGUGACCCUGUCAAGGGGUUUGCAGAUUAUGGCUGCAUUCUGGAGAUAAGAAAUGUUGAAUUCUUUGCUGAUGGUCGCUCUGUUGUAGACAGCAUUGGCAAGAGGAGAUUUAGGGUGAUCCAGCACAGCCAGCGUGAUGGAUAUAAUACAGCAGAUAUUGAGUACAUUGAGGAUCAAAAGCUGCAAGGACAAGAGUAUGCUGCAUUACUUGUUCUCCAUGACUCUGUCUAUGAUCAGGCUUAUGUGUGGUUUAACUCCCUCAAGCAAGCACUCAAAAGUCGAAUUCUCAGUCAUUUUGGUCCAAUGCCAGCUAAGGAUCCUGACCCACAGGCUAACCCCAAUGGGCCAGCCUGGUGCUGGUGGGUCCUAGCUGUCCUUCCACUUGAGAACAGAGCUCAGCUCCCAUUUCUUGCCAUGCAAUCCCUCAAAGACCGCUUGAAUGGCAUCAGACGUGUCCUUACGUUCAUGUCUCGUACGAGAUCGCGAUGAUGGUGAAGAGCAGAGCAGGGGAGUCUCCCACAGUCCUUGACUGCAGACUGUCUCUUAUAACUUCAUCUAACUGCAAUAGUGUCUUACAGAUUUGAAUGUCAGGAUGUUUCAAGCCUGAAUUAGAAAGAGAAUGAGUUAUAAAGAGCAGGGGAUGUUUAUGGAUACUUCAAUAGUUUCCAUUUGGAACUGAGACAAGUAUUUAAUCAUUGCACUGCUAAAUUAACAAAUGUGAUAGAACAGAAAGUGGUCUUGUUUGCCAUAAACCUUUUAAAAAUCAUAAGGGUUUUUAAAAUUUCUUUUAUUUUUAUUUUUUAGUGGAUAAAGGAU